CAUGGCUUUCUCCGAUUGUGGCAUGUACCGCCACACACAGGCCACGAUUUGAUGGCACCCGCACCAGCACACGACCCAAGCCUAAGCCCAAGCCCGAGCCCGAGCGUGUCGGCUCCCUACCAAGUAAGCCAAGGUAUUCUGGCUGGACUCACAGAACUUCGCAACACCAACAACCCCCAAACGUCUGCAAGAUGCCGACACUGCUACUCGUGGUGUUCCUGGUGGAGCUCGCCGUCCACCUCUUCAACACGAUCGGCGCGGCAUCCAUCAACAACCUGCUCUGGACCCUGUACCUCAUGCUCCCGACCGAGACCUCCAAGACUGCCAUCAAAAGAAGAGAUGUACAGUCUGAGUACCUCCGAAUACGCCGGGACCUGAACGCUACGAGCAGCCAGGACCAGUUUGCGAAAUGGGCCAAGCUCCGCCGGCAACAUGACAAGCUUCAGGAGCAGCUGGAAAAAAUGAAAUCUUCACACGAUGCGACCAAGACCAAGUUCGACAGCACCGUGGGAGCGGUACGCUGGUCUCUCACGCGAGGUCUGAAGAUGGCACUACCAUUCUGGUAUUCGAAGCAAGCCAUGUUCUGGCUACCGAAACACUGGUUUCCUUACUACGUCGAGUGGAUUCUCUCGUUCCCACGGGCGCCGCUGGGCAGUGUGAGCAUUGUGUCAUGGCAGAUGGCUUGCUCGGUGGUGAUCAUGCUGGUUAGCGACACCAUCACGAGUAUUCUGGGGCUUAUACUGGGAGCCAAAUUUCAGAAGCGCGGGCAGCCCGUCAAGGGUCAGGCCGCCGGCGGAGAGAAGGCACAAUCAGGCAACACAAAGGACUCAUAAAUGCUCCAGUCCAGAUCAGCUAGAUAGUUGUGGCAUGCAUGUACGGUGCAUGCCAAUCUGAACACAUUAUGAUUGCUCUCUACGACGUAACGCACUGCUAGUUUUACAUGGGGUAUGUCUCUCGUCAUUUUGACGCAGGGUUUGUCAUUGCGCGGACGCUGGAAAACUCUGUAACACGAUCGAGAUGACUCUUGGCAGAGUACUUGGGUUCAUUCUAGGCAUACUUUUUGACUGUAACGACCAUUGUGAAUAAGAUCGAUAAAGCUUCGAAAGUGCCAAAUAUCACACAUGCUCAUUGCUCAUAGUCGCCCAGUGCAGACUAGACUUACCGUGGCCUGACAUAUCUUUGAUUGUAACUGUACGUGCGCAUGCGCAUGCGCAUGCGUAGUGGUUGUAGCUGACUGCCCGCAGAAGAUAUGCAUACGAUGAUGUACGAUGGCCUGGGCAACCUCUCUGCAAUGUGAAAGGGUUUGUGAGUGAUGAAGAACAGGG